UUAAAUUCAUAAGAAUUUUGCUAGCAUUUCGUUUGAUAAAAUAUAUUAAAAACAUAGCAAUUAUGCAAGUCUUGUCUUGAUAUAUUGAUGUGGGUGAAAUUUGAUGAAACGAACAAAGAUUGACGUAAACUGACGAAAACCAAACUCGCUCAGAUUGUUGCCACAAACCAUUGCAGCAAGUACAUGUAGUGUCCUGUCACAUUAAAGAAUCAAUCAUGAUUUUCUUGCGUUAUAUGGCAGCAUGUGCUUUGUUCAUCAUUGUGAUUUCAAGUCCCGCAGAAAGACAUGAAAAACGGGGUACAAUCCAAAAAAAAGCUUGGUGGAAUUUUACGUAUCAGAUGUUGUCUAUUUUUGGAUUGGGUAAUUCCCUUUUUCUCUUUGACUAUGGCUGUUUUUGUGGAUAUCGGGGUCAUGGUGAAUCAGUUGACACGAUCGACAAUUGCUGUCAAGUCCACGACGCUUGCUACUCCGUGGUAGAAGAGGAAAACAAAUGCUGGUUUCAUCCUAAAUGGACGCCUUAUGAUUAUAUUAUUUCUAACGUAACAGGGAAAAACAGAGUAGAAUGUAAAGACGAAAAAGACAGUUGUCAUUGGGAUGUGUGUAUGUGUGAAAAGAUUUUUGUAGAUUGUAUCCAUUUACACAUUGACGAAUACAACGAUGAAAGCUUAUUUUUAGAUACAGAAGAAAAGUGCGAAGAGAGAUAGAAUCUACACGCAAUGUCUUCAAUGUGAUAUCCUGCUAUUUACAUAUACAUUUUGUACUAGUUAAAAAUUUAAUACUUUAUUUACACUCAGACACAACAUAUGUGUUACAUGAGAAAACAUAUACAAUUUGAGAUCGAAUUUAUCAUAAUAUAUGAUAAAUAGGACAAACUGUUUCAUUAUUCAGUAAAAAAUAUUCAUUUGCAAAGCAAAUACAUUACAUAUGAUUAAAAGAAUUUGACAAUAUUGGAAAGAUAGAAAAAAACGUGUUAUUGAACAAAGAGGUAAAUUUUUUUUUGCGGAAACUGAUAACAAAAGUCGAUAUUUAAUUUCUAAGAUGAGAUUAAAGUAUUCAAAUAUCUUCAAAGGCCUGAUUCAAAAAUUUAAGCAGAAUAUUUUCAUCUUUAAAGUUUGAAGUUUUAUAAUAUUUUAAAUUGUUUGGUGAAAAUAUGAUUUUUGUAAUUACAAAAAUCAAAAAGUUCGGUAUUUGCCUGAGAUCAGUGCACGUGGUUUUGAUGAGACAAUAUAACAGUCUGUAAAUAUUAAACUUAUUAGGCAACCAUUACCUUGGUACAGUGAAUCAAACUUCAUUAUAUAUGGAAAAUGCAUAGCAUUGUAUCGUUUCUUGUGAUGACUAGACUAUAAGUAUAGUUAUUUACUAAAUUGCUACCUGAACACAAUGACAGAGUUAUUACCGAGAAUUGUGAAAUCUACGACACAUCAGUAGUUCAAUUAUUAAUAGUUUAGAACGCUUUUAUGCCCCAUUAAUGGGCAUUAUGUUUUCAUGUCUGUGUAUUCGUCCGUCCGUCCGUCCGUUCGUUCGUCCGUGUGUCCCGCUUCAGGUUAACGUUAAUGGUCGAGGUAGUUUUUUUUAUAUGAAGUUGAAGUCCAAUCAACUUGAAACUUAGUACGCAUGUUCCCUAUGACAUGAUCUUUCUAAUUUUAAUGCCAAAUAAGAGUUUUUAUCCUAAUUUCACGGUCCACUGAAGAUAAAAAUGAUAGUGCGGAUUGGGUACUAUGGACACAUUUUUGUUUCAUUAUAAUUUGGUGUACUGCAUUUUACAAAUGGAUAUUUUCUUAACGUUUUAACUUUAGAUAAAUGGGUAUUCCACUAAAUAAUAGCAAUAUAAUAUAGGUAUUCAUUGUAAAAAAAAGUGUUAAAAUUCUAAACACACUUUUUUGUGCUUCUUUUUAUGUCUAAACUUCUCAUAUUUUCCAACAUUUUUUGGUUAAAGAAGUGUUUAGGAUUGUGUUACGUUCUUUGACGCUAAAAACACGUUGGUUGUCCGGUUUGAAUGGUUUUUCACAAUUUGGUAAUGUUUGGGCCUGUUAUAGCCUCCGUGUUGAAGUCCGUACCUUAAUCUAUUAUGGAUUACUUUUAUAAAUUGUUACUUAGAUGGAGAGUUGUCUCAUUGGCACUCAUAUAUACCACAUCUUCCUAUAUCUAUAAAAUGGUUGAUAUUCAAGAGAUGUGUACAUUAUAAUAUGUGAUUACAAAGAAAUGUGAUGAGAUAGGCUAUUACACACAAUCCUAAACAUCUUAAACUUAGACAUGUAAUACUUAAUGAAUGGCUAUUAUCUAUUUUGAAUUUAUUGAACCAUAAAACUAAUUUUUGACUCUUCACAUUUUCGCGGAUUAUGUAAAAUGUGAAGAGGCAAAAAAUAGUUUUAUGGUUCAACAAAAUCAAAAUAAAUUAUUGCCAUUCAUUAUAAAUAAAUUUUUAUCAAAAAUAAGGCUCAAGGAACAUUUUAUAUUAUUUACAUUAACAAUAACAACGUACACACAUGUUGGCGUAUGAAUACACAACGUCAGAGUGGGCGUGUCGGCCAUCAAAAUUGACAACGUUGAAAAUAAAACUAAUAAUUUUAACCAAUCAGAAGACAGUAAAUACACCAAAUUUAUUUAUUUGUGGUUAUUGUCAAAGCACAAAUUUGUCAGGGUGUAUAUAUAGAUAUAUAUUUGUUCUUCAGCUUUGAUGUUGUAGACACUCUUGAAGCAAGACUAUAUGUAUUUUCUAAAGUAUAAAUUUUAUAGAAAUUAAUAAAUAUGCACCUGA